GCUGCUGCAGGCCAGGCUGCUGCUGCUGCUACGUGCCCAAUGAAAGGAUUUGCUGUGCUGUUAUAAAUGUUAUAAAAGUCUGGUCAACUUGAGAUUUUUAUACAGCCAUGGCUCUACAGGGGUCUCUGCUGCUCUGUGCUGUGGUCGCCACUCUGGAAAUAGGUACUUCAUUUGCCAGGCUGGAAGACCUGCCUUGUGCUUCCUCGUGCACUGGUAGCGACAAUGUGAGUUACCAGAAAGGAUCCAGGUAUACUUACAAGUACAGCACGGAGACAAGCGCCUUUCUGCUGGAGAGCCGCUCUGCAAGCACUGGACUGGCCCUCGACAGCCUGGCUGACAUCGAGGUUCUUCACAAGUGCCUCAUGGUUUUAAAACUGAGAAAUGUACAGAUCAAGAGGACAUCAACAAACAAAGAGGAUCUGAUGCCGAGUCAGGACCGGCUGAGAGAAUCCCUAGAGAAAUCCCCAUUGCAGUUUUCCUUUCAAGACGGGAAGAUUCCUGAGAUCUGCCCCUCAGUGGAUGAGCCCACCUGGGUGCUGAAUAUAAAGAGAGGGGUGCUGAGUGUGUUCCAGAGCUCACACGCAGCGAGCAGAGAGGAGACCCUGGAGGAGACUGACGUAUCUGGCAGGUGCUUGACGAGCUAUGAAUGGAAAGGCCCCUCCCUGGUGAAGACUCGUGAUCUGAAGCGCUGUUCUCACCGAGGCCUGGCUGUCACCUCGCUGGACUCCGUCCCCCUGCCAGACAGUGAUGGACAGCUCCUGGACUCCAGUCUGGAGUGUGUGCAGAGCUACAGGGAUGGGGUGAUGGAAGAGGCCUCCUGCACUGAAGCGAACCUCCUCACUCCCUUUUCCCGGGAUGCAGGGGGUGCCCAAACAAAAACACUGUCUACAUUUAAACUGCUCCGAGUCCAGGAAGGGAUACCAACAAACAGAGACGACUCCAGGGAGGUUUAUUCGAGCAGUCUGCUGUACGAGAGAGAGGAUGGAGGGGAAACAGGGACGAGAGCAUCUACAGCAGAGCAGGCUGCCGAGACUGUGAGGAAGCUCUGUGUGACAAAGGGCCUGCAUUACGAGCAUGCAGAUCUCUUCAUGAGCCUGGUGUUCCAACUCAGGGCCCUGUCUGCUGAAGCACUCGGUGACCUCUGGCAGCGCGCGUCCUUCAGAUGCAGAGACAACUGGCAGCCCCUGGUGGACGCUCUGCCAGCCUGCAGCUCUGAGGCCUGUGUGUCUCUGAUAGCGGAGCUCCUUCUGUCCAGGGAGAUGGAGGAGGAGAGAGCCACAUCUUUCCUCACGUCACUCACCUUCAUUCCACAGCCCACCGCCGGCAUGAUCGCCACUCUGACUACACUGCUGCGGUCACCCGAAGCCAGUCGGAGUGUUUUCCUGGGAGUGUCUUCAGUGGUGCACACCUUCUGCUCUGCAGUGCAGCCUGCGUGUGCCAGCGUCCCUGAGGUGCUGGCCCUGAUGACAGUGCUUCAGGGGUAUCUAGAGGAGGACUGUGGCUCUGGGGCGGACCCUGAACAGCUCUCCCAGCUGCAGUCCGUGCUGAAGGCGGUGGGGAAUGCAGGUCUGGCGGCUGCAGCUCUCACUCCUGCACUCAGCCUCUGCGCUGAGACCCAGACCGGCCCUGUGGAGCUGAGGCUCGCAGCCCUCGACGCAUUCCGACGCAUUCCCUGCAACGCUGAUCGUUCCGUGCUGCUCCGGCUGUACCGCUCACGGGAGGAGGACGUGGAGGUCAGGAUCGCUGCCUACCUGCAGGCUAUGAGGUGUCCGAACGAGGGGCUGCUGCAGGCCGUGAGCCAGGCUCAGAGAGAGGAGACGUCCAGCCAGGUUGGUGCCUUUGUGUGGAGCCACCUGUCUCAGCUGAUGGAGACAGAGGACCCGCUGAAAAGGGCAGUGAGAGACUCUCUUCCUGAUGACAUCAUCACUAAAGACUUUGACACUGAGGCCUGGAAAUUUUCCUCCUACACUGAUGCCACCUUCCAGUCAGGCUAUGGAGGUGCCAAUGUGGAGGCUGCAAUGGUCUUCUCCCCCAAGUCAUUUCUGCCUCGCUCUGCAAUGGGGAACCUGACCGUCCACGUGCUGGGCAGAGCCAUCAACCUGCUCGAGGUCAAUAUCCGUGCUGAAAACAUUGAACCACUUGCUCAGAGGGUAUUUGGCAAUCAGCCAUUUGAUUUUGGUGGAGAUUCUGUAACUGAGGAAGACCAGAGAACAAAAGAAGAUCCCACAGAGGCACCUCUGAGAGAGAAGAAAAAGAGAAACUCCGAGAGACACACAGAGGAAGAAGCUGCUGAAACCACACAGGGUCCUGGGAGGACCCGAAACAGGAAAGCAAAGCAGCAGGGGUGUCAGCCUGGGGACUACAGCAAACUGAACCAGAUAAAGGACAAGUUCACAGAGGGAGCGGAGAGGAGCGGGGCGCUGCGGUGUGGGGUGAGUGUGAAGAUCUUCGGCAAUGAGCUGAGCUUCCUCAACUGCGACGAUGUGAAGGACCAAGUGAAGCUACUUUCUCUCAGUCUGGCUGAGAUUGCGGUCAAACUUUUAAAGGGUCAGGAGGUCCAGUAUAGCAGGAGACUGAGUCUGGCCACUGAGGAGCUGAUUGUCCCAUCCCUGUCUGGGCUGCCCAUUCGACUGGCUGUCAACGCAUCCGCUGCCAUUAGCCUCCGAGUUAAAGGAGCAGUCGACUUCAAACAGUGGUCAAACUUCUUCAUCAAUGGAUACAUCAAGCCAAGUGCCCUGGUGCAUGUGUCUGCUCGGCUGGGGGUCGAGGGUCAGUGCGGUCAGGCGGGGCUGGAGUGGGUGAGUGGCUUGAAGACCUCCACCAGCCUGGAUGGAGGGGUGCAGGUGAAGAGAGGGCAGGAUCUGAAGGUGUUCCUCAACACGCCAGAGGAAACCAUGGAAAUCUUUGACAUCAGCUCCAGGCUGUUCUUGUUGAGUGCGGAGGGGAGAGAGGAGCUAUCUGGCCCUGCUGACCGCACAGUAACAGCCUCCUGCACUGACCAGGAAUUGUCCAUGCUGAUUGGCUGGCAGUUGUGUUGUGAAGCCUCGUACCCCACUGAUGCCUCCGCUGGGCCUCGCUUGCUGCCUGGUCCUGUGUCGGUGUCUGCCAGGCUGAGGAAGCUGGACAGAGCUCUGCAGCAGUACCUGUUUGAAGCUGCUUACUCCUUUGUGUCCAAGAAGGGCUCCCAAAUUCCCAGUGAAGCUGCUGUCCAUCUCUUUAUGGGCACCCCCAAAUCUGACGUCAACAGGGACCUGGCCAUUGACGUCCUCUUCCAUUACACGCAGAGGAGGCUUUCUGUCAAGCUUGUCCACCCCAAGAAGAACAUUCUUAUAGAAGGAAAAAUUGAUGAAGUCAAAUCUAUGCGCAGCGGUAAACUGGAGCUUCUACUUGACGACACAGAUCUCUACUACAUCAAGGGACGGACUGACUUGCAGACAGUAGCUGGAGAGCAGAGGUACCUGUUCCAGCUAGAAGCGAAACUGACAAAGCGAGGCAACCCCAUCAUUCUGUCAGGCAAUGCCACCAAACUGCUGGGGAAGAAGAUGAAGGUCUCAGUGGCACUGACAAAUGUGCUCAAAGACACAGCUUCAGUCUCAGUUCUGCUUGAGCGGAAGGUGGAUGAGUGGCAGAGGCAGUACUCUCUGGAGGCUGAGGCGAUCCUCCCAGGUCUGUUUGGGACCCAUGCCAUCGGCCUGCUGCAGCAGAAAGGCCCGACCUGGAGCACCGCACUGAGGCUGCGAUACGGCCUGCUCGGUGAUGCAAGGAAUCUUCGACACGAGUGCAACAUCGCUCAGAAACUCAGGAGGGAUGGUGGCUCGGAGGACACAUACCUACUGGAGGUGGAGCACGAGCUGUACUGCUCUCACAUCACUGCGUACAACCACAAGGUCCAGCUGAAGCAUGAGGAGAGUGCUGCUCACACCGAGUCCACUCUGCAUGUGAGCUAUGGGAAGCACUGGGAUGAGAUCAACAACAAGAGGAGGCUAGUCCUCAGCCAGACCUUCAAGAACCACUCCAAGCCUGCUCUCACUAACUACUUCAUGGAGUUCAGCCUGCAGUUACCUGACCGGCAGGUGAGCUACAGGACACAGCUGCAGCACUCCCACCUGCGGCAGGGCCACCUGGAGAGCAGCACCCACCUCAAGGUGCACUACAACGACAAGAUGCCCUUCGUGGCCGGGCUGCACUGGAGAGACAGCUCCAAACCCCUGCUCAGGAAAUGGGAAGGCUCCUUGAACAUGGAUACGCCAUGGCUGUAUUUAUACACAGCCCACAAGUUGAACCAGCCCCAGCGGCACACAUAUCAGUCCAUUUCUGAGCUUACUGCAGGCAAGGCCAUGUCCAUCAAGAACCUGGUGAUGGAGACCUUCUAUAAGGACAAGGGCAAGGAGAAAGAGGGCCGGAUCCAUGUGUACACCCCGACCGCCACCUACCUCAAGGUGUCCACAUCCUUUCACGUUGGGGCAAGUGUUUUCCGGAGUGCUAGUGAAGUGACCUCUCUGUGGAACCAGCUGCUGAAGAAUGAAAUCUACCUGGAGAACAGUGCCAAGAGCAGAUCCCUUCUGUUCAAGCUGAAGAACCCCAAGCAAGAGUUCAACAUCACAGCAGCGCUGAUGGUGCAGGAGGAGAAACUGAAGAAGAGGAACGUGACGCUGAGGAUGGUGCUCGCGGAUCACAAGAGUCCCCCUGCGGUGCUGCAGCUGCUGGGCCAGGUCGAGGAGCUGCGCAGAGAGAAGACGCUCUACCAGAAACGAGGAACACUGCACUUCAGGCAUCCAUUUAAGCUGCUGAUCCCUCAGAACAUUGUCCUUCAUGAGACCUUCACUGUGGACACGGAGAGGAAGCACUAUGUGUUGGAGACCAGGGCAGUGCUGGACGAGAAUGAAGAGACCGUUCAGACACUCACGCUCGGCUAUCAGCCUGACAACCCUUACGUGUGCGCUGGCCUUGUUCACCCUUACAGUGCUGCGAUAGUGCCAAAGAAUACCGAAGUGUGCAUCAGAACCAAGACUGAUCAGAAUAGCCAGUAUGAAGCUGAAGCCACAGUGAGAAUCAAUCAGAAGGACAGCCUGAGUGUCCUGGGCAGGUACCAAAACAGAUCCUCCAAGACAGAGACUUGGCAUGGGGUGCAGCUGAACAUGACUCACCUGUUCCAGUUAAAAUCCCCCCAGGCUUUGAGCCUCGAGAGCGAGCUGUUUUCAAAACCCACUAAGACCCACUGGUUCAGCUAUGGAGUCACUGGAAAAGCCAUUGUCAAUAAACAUGAUGUGUCUCAGUUUAACAUCCAGCUGAAUCACUCGUCAAAUGAAGUUGGCCUCUAUUCAUUGUUCAGUCACCCCUAUCAGUCCAAAAUCCCUCACGCCCUCCAGGCCCAUGCCAGAGUGAAGCUCUAUGGGGAGAGCAAUGCCAACGGCUCCCUUUACCUGCAGAGCAAUGGCAAAGACGCGGCCAUGCUGGAAGUGGAUCUCAUGAAUGAAAGCAAGAAAAACCUCAGGCUGAUUGGAGCCAAACUGAACCUUCAUCAGACACUGCUCCCCAGAUUUGAGGAUGUGUAUCUACAGCUAACUGGGAAGGCAUCCGCUUCAAGGGUGUCCUUGCUCUCCAAUGUCCAGCUGGGUGAUCAAGCUCUCCAGGUGGAUCUGUCCGGGUUCAAGGACCAGAGAGCAGGACUGAGCGCGUCGGUCAGUGGCAGGGUCCAGCACAACAUGGACAGCCUGCCAUUGCUGCCCCCUGUCCUGGGGCUGGACGGGUCAUUGAAACACCAAGACGACCUCAGUGAAGGUGCCCUGACUGUCAAAGUGAGCGAUGCCCUGUAUGAAGUGAAGCUGUGGAACCACAAUGUGUUUGUGGGCGGCGCCCUGCAGUGUGACGUCUCUGCCUCUCUCAAGCAGAACGGCAGCACGUGGGGGCCGGAGCAGGCCGAGGUGAAGGGGAGGCUGGGGCAGGGGCAGGUGGAGGGCUGGAGCGACGGCAGGCUGUGUGUCCAGGCUGGAUCCAGAGCCUUGUGUCUCAACCUCUCCAGCAGCUUGCAGCCGGAGCACACUGGGGUCAAGGCAGAGCUCACACACUCCGUCCCCGAGCUCAACGCGGCCGGCCUCCCCUCGGAGGGCACUCUGUCAGUCAGCUACGAUCUGGGGGCCCUCAAUCGCUCCGGGGCAGUGGAGCUACAGGGAGGGGGGUGCAGUCUGGUGGCUCGGGUGGCGGUGGGGAGAAGGUCGGCCGUGCCCCCCCGAUGGCAGCUUCUCUCCAGCCUGAACCACGACAGCGAGGGGCUAAGGAGACAGGGCUUACCCCACUCUGCACAGGGAACCGGCUACUAUCAGAACGGGGCUGCUGGCCUCCUGGCUGGACUCUCUGUGAGUGUGGAGAAGCAGCACUUCAACCUGGAGCUGGAGAAGAGGAGCAACGACAGUGCAGCACAGAUCGCUGUGUCCCUGAACCACCACAUGGGGGUGAUAUCUCAGGUCAUACCCACAGCUCUGCAGCGCUUGCAGGUGAACUGCUCUGGAGAGGCGACCACAGACAGCCUGGCUGCUCAUUGCUCUGGAGCCGCGGCCAGCAGGCCCCUCGAGAACCCGGCACUGACCAGGUUUUCUGUUAACGGGUCGAUGCUCAGCAGGGACUGCACGGCCCGCUUCGUGACCCGCUUGGAGACCGAUGGAGAUCAACACGCGGCUCUGAGCCUGCACGCUGCCUGUGCCCCUCGACACCAGCUGAGUGUGGAGCUGGGGCACUCCCUGCCUCUGCUGCAGGCCUUAGGGGUCCCCACAGAGAACAAGCUGGCCCUCACUGCAGGAUCCGGGGCUCUCCUGGACAUCACACUGGGACAGUGCAGCUUCAGAGCGAGGGGUGACAUCAACGUGAGUGCCAGCGCAGACCUGCAAGCACAGACAGGCUGGGCAGCCAACUGGACCAACACAUGCCCUACGCUGCAGCGGGCAGGCCUGCCUCACAGCUUGGUGGCAGGGGCCUCCCUCACUGUGGGCAGCUGCCUCUCAAACCUCACCGCGAGCCUGCUGUUCGAUGGGAAGGCAGCUAGGCUGCAGCUGGAUUCUGCCUGUGAGCCCCGGUACAGCGUGCAUGGGGUGUUCAGACACUCCAUCCCUCUGCUCAGCCAACAAGGCCUGCCCCAGGACAACCAGCUAACCCUCUCCGCUGCCAGGGGGCCCAGGGCCGGAGGGACGGUGCUGCUGCAGGCAGGGAAGUGCAGGAUCAAGGCCAGCGGAGACCUGAAGCCUGGGAAGAGGAGCGAGUGGACAUGGGCGACGGAAACGGCAUGCCAGCUUAUAAAGGGUGUCACUCUUCCCGCUCACUCCCAGUUCAAUGGCUCGGUGGUGUUAGACGGCUGUCGCGCGGCCCUCCUCGCUGACAUGCUGCUAGACGGGGACUCUGCCUCUCUGGAGCUGACGUCAGACUGCAGUCCCCGGCUCAGCCUGGAGGGGGUGUUCAGACACAGCCUGCCCACGUUGCAGGGUGUACCCCUGGAGAACAGGCUCCUGGUCACUGUGGGUAAGCAGACGCUCAGUCACGAGGCCAGCGUGGAGCUGGUGUCAGGGGCCUGUGAACUGCAGGCUAACGGAGACCUCCAGCUUGAAAAUAAAAUCCAGUGGAAAUUCCAGAUGGAGAACAAAUGCAAGCGACUUCAGGAUCUCGGGACCCCAGUGAAAGCAGAUGGAUCUGGGUUCUUCGUGAUAAACAGGGUAAACCUGGAUUCACGGAUGCUAAUUAAUAUCGAUGAGGCCAAAUUACAGGGGCAUCUGACUCUCAAGGCGAUUGAUUUCAAGCAGGAGCUGGAAGCCAUGCUGACACACAAUGUCCAGGCUGCGAUCGGCAUGGGGAUUCCAGGCAGCAUGGUGUUGAGAGUGACCUCUGAGAGGAGUGGAGACAUCUACAAGAGGUUCAUCAAGCUCAGCGUGGACAGCAAGCAGAUAACCGAAGAGCUGAGUGUUGUCAGGAUGCUGGAGCAGGUGACAGCGAGCUACCUGCUGUCCCACAACGUGGACACUCUGCGGAUGUGGAUGAUAGACGACAGGACUGAGCUGCAGGCAAAGCUGGACUGGAAGGAGGUGAAGGUAUUCACCCUGCACUCGCAGUGCGGAGUUCGACUCGCCAUCCUGAGAGUCCAAGUGAAGGACACGCCCACGAGGAGUGACAUCACCACCAGUUUCCGGCACACCUGGCCACACCUCCUGGAGUCUGGGCUGCCAGGCUCUGCUGAGGUUCUGUGUUACCUUCAGGGUUCAGUUCCCAACAUGGAGUCGUCGGCACACAUCACAGUCAGUGAGGACAGGUCCAUUUCCUAUACCCUGAACAUGAGCGCGCCGGGACACCGACGCUUCCAUUUCCUCUUCAGAAACACACACAACAUCCGGAGCUUACAGGCUGCAGGAUACCCAAAGACACUGGAGACUGCGUUCACGCUGCAAAACCAGGAUCCUCAAAUCAAGACGACGUUGGAGGUGCAGGUUGAUGGCAAGCAUGUGAAAGUGUGGGUCGGUGCGGUAGGGAGUUUGCAAAGGGACAGCCCCCUGGAGGUCAGCGCUGAGAUACAGCACUCUGCACCCCUCCUCAACCAGCUUGGCCUGCCCUUUCACUUGAAGGUGGAGGGAUGGGGGCAGGCGAGGGACGCUGAUUUAGACGGAUCCCUGAAAUUGAGCUGUGAACCAAAUUCAAGCCUCAUCGUGAUGGUGGAAGGGAAGAAUCGACCGCUAAGCAAGGUGUUACGAGUGAAGGCAAUGCACAACAUCCCCAUGGUCCGGCACUAUCUUCCCCACAGCUUUGAUAUCAACACAAAGUUAAACUACUCCAGCAAUGACAUCAAGGGGAAAGUGGACCUCAUCCUGGACAGAAGGGACUUGCAUGUGACUGCUGCUUUAACAAUGAGGGAGUCUGGCUAUGAGGAAGUCCUGGAGAUCUCUCACACAUUCCCACAGCUGAAGUUUGUUCCAAAAAGUGUCGAAGUCACAACCUCGUUCCAAAGAAACAACAGCACUCACACUCUGCACCAUGUGACGCUGUGGGAAGGCAAGGAACUGAAGCUCAUAGCCACGUACGCGGGGCAGUUCCUCAAGGGGUCUGUGGCGCCUGAGCUGCGAGUGGAGAUCUCCCAUCCUUUCUUCAUCCCGUGGCCCCAUCAGUCCACCCUGCAUGUCCACAUGGACCAUGCUGUCCACUCUCACCUGGACAAGAUCAUCCUCGGCUGGAGUGGCAAAGAUCAGGUUGUUCUUCUGUGCUCACUGAGCUACGGCAAGGGUCGUGUGGAAAGCAGAGUGACUCUGAGACACCCCUUCAGACUGGCCCUGCGGCACCUGGAGUUCCAGUGUGACUCCGAGGCACAAGCAGGGAGAUACACCCACGAGACGCAGGUUUCCUGGAAUGAGGGGCUUCCUGUAGGAGUAAGGAUCUCCCUGCAGGAUCAGUCAAAGACCAACGCCACAGUGUGGGAGACCUGCGUCACCCUCUCACCUGGACAGCUACAGUCUGCCCUGGCCCUGGUUGCACUGCAGGGCUGUGGAUCAGUGUCCCGAGGGGAGAGCUCCUUCACUGAGACACUAGAGCUGGACUGGGACACCAAGAAGAUCCGCCAGAGCCUCAAACAUCAGAAGAGCAGCAAAGAAGGAGUCAAUAGUCUGCAGCUGGACGUGUUCCUGGAGAACGUUUUCCAGACGUCGUGCUCCACUCAGAGGAUUGAGGGGCGAGUGGAGACCAACUACCAGGACCAGCUAGAGCACCACCUCAAGCUGGGACUCUGCCACCCCCACACUCCGAUCACAGUUUCUGGGAAACACCAUGUGAGUCGGGGAGAGCUUCUCUUGCGCUCCGAGACCCGAGUGUCAGUGUCCAGCAGCGGACAAGAGGACAGCGACAGUGCCCUCAUAGUGACCGCAAGGAACCACGGCUCGCCAGGGGUCAAGAACUACUCCAUAGAGGUGGAGCUGCAGGGUUGUGCUGAUGUGCAGCUGGUCCUGGCAGGAAGGCUGUCCUCCUCACUCCUCCAGAACCACAUCCUGCUGGAGGGGAGCCUGGACCACCAGGACAGGGUCACGCUGCGGGCCUCGCAGGGCAGCCGGUGUCUACAGGCAUUCGCCGGCUACGCCAACGGGGAGGUGGGAGAGGACGCCCUGGAGCUGUCUGUCUGUUCAGAGGGACAGCGGCGGUUCAAGGUGGACGUGUCUCGCUGUGUGGAUGGGGUGAGACUGGGGACGCUGGGACACGUCUCGCUCAGUCUGGUGAAUGGGAGUGUGAACCUGUGGGCACAGGGAAGCAGAGAGGGCCUGCACACAGCCGAGGCCAGACUUGCUGAGGUUUCUUCCCAGCUGAAGACCAGGCUCCUGGACAAGAGCAGGAAGCUGGAGAGCAAGCUGCUGGAGUUCAGGAGAGACGUGCAGCACACUGACUUGCUGUUGGAGCUGUCUGGAUAUCCUCUCCGGCUGACUCAGGCAGCGGGCAGGCUGGUAGAGAACUCGGGCCGGGUCGGCUCACCGGCGUGGGGGCAGAGCUGGCUCAGAGACGCCCUCACACAAGGGCUGCCGCACUACCUCCAGAGGAUUCAGAGGACACUGCAGCAGAUGCAGGAUGAGCUGAAAAGGCCGCUGAGCACACUGAAGGACGCCUAUCAGGACGUGACUCUGAGGGCCCUGGACGAGGUGUGGAGGGAGCGGGUGCAGGAAGUCCUGGGUGGGCUGGAGUCCCGGCUGCCCACCCUCAUCAAGGAGGUGUGGCUGAGGCAGCACAUCCACGGAGUACUGCAGCUCCUCACCAGGGGCCUGGACACGGCUGCGCAGCAGGUGCUGAAGUGGACCGACACAAAGCUGUCCAGAGCAGUGAGCAGGAUCCGGAAACCGCUGGCAGAGCUCUACAGAUACACAGCCAGUAACGGCUCGGUGGCAGUGAGGCUGCCUGUGCUGCCUGGAGAGGAUGCUGAGCUGAGCCUGUCCAACAUCACUGCCUUCCUGCUGGAGGAGAGGCUGCUGAGACCCCUGAGGGAGCUGGGCAGUCUGAGCCCCGCCGCAGAGUACUACCGACUCAAGAGAAGAAUGAUGGAGAGCCCCUUUGAACACCACGCUGUGCUGAUAGAGGGCCGCUUCGUGGUGUCGUUCGAUGGGAAGGUGUUUGAGGUGGCAGGGAGGUGCAGUGUGGUCCUGGCCCAGGAUUUCACUCAGGACAGCUUCACUGUGCUGCUGAGGCAGGAGCCAGGAGGGAGACGAUCUCUAUACCUGGAGAUGAACCAGACUGUCGUCACCAUCCUGCCCGGCCCGCGGGUGGAGGUGGCCUGUAGCCCAGCUGACUUGCCCCUGGUCAAAAAUGGAGUGACUGUCAGAAAGGACGCCAAUCAAAUCACGAUGACCAAUCAGAACGGGGUGACCGUCUCAUGUGACAAGCACCACAGCUUCUGUACCCUGACUCUGAGUGGCUGGCAGCACGGUGUCUCGGCUGGCCUCUUCGGGACCAAUGACAAUGAAGCUGCGAAUGAGUUCACUAAGCCUGACCACUCCCACACAGACAGCAUCCCACACUUUAUCCAGAGCUGGCAGGUCGGCUCUCAGUGUCGUUCAAACACCAAGAAGCCCAAGAGCUGCCCGGCUGCAGUGAGCCAGCACACCUGCAAAGCUCUCUUCAGAGACGCCUGCUCCCCCAUGAGGAACUGCUUCAGAGUGGUGGACCCGGCUCCAUUCUAUAAGCUGUGUAUGAGCAGCACAUGUGGGCCCAACGCAGACAGGACCUCCUGCAGUCUGGCAGCUGCCUUCGUCCAUCUCUGCAACAGAAACCUGGUGCCUCUGGACAUUCCAUCCAAGUGUGUGUAGAUGCUGCCUGGGGUAGGAGGCUGGGCGAGGGGAAGGGGGGGUCUCUGUCAUAAUAAAGGGGAGGUACACCUCGACUCCUCCCUCACUAACCCCCGAAGUCUCCUACGAGCUGGACUGAACAACACCGUGCAGAGGCAAUGACUGCAGCACAAGCUGUCUGAUAAAACCAGGGCUGGGGGUUGAGGCUGGUCUUACAUUGAAGAUGAGUGUGUGUGUGUGUGUCUGUCUGUCUGUCUGUCUGUGUGUGUGUGUGUGUUUGAAAAUACAUGUUUGAAAAAGUCCAGGGGUUUAUUCCAGCAGGUAACUUUGAAAUCUAACUGUGUGCAGUUCAUAUAGUCUUGUUUGUUGACCAAGAAAUACGAUCCCUAAAGGUUCUCAUUAAAACACCUUUUUAAAUACGAUCCCUAAAGCUUCUCAUUAAACCCUCUUUUUAAAAGUCAAGGCUUGAAAACACAGCACUGUCUAAACCAAUCCCUUCUUUCAGCUCAGCAAAGUUGUGCACAAAUGAAACCAUAUCCUGGACUGCAUUGUGUUUGUGAUCCGACUUCCGUCUGAACUUUUAAACUGGUUCUGUUGUUGUUGUUUAAAUGUGUUCUCCAAGCUCCUCUGCCCCCGGGAGUUUGGGGGUUGCCUGUAUUAAUGGGUGAACAGGGUCUGAUUUGACAUAUACCUCUUCAAUCUGUCAUGCACUUUCUUUUAUCUGUGUUGAACUGAAAUAAAAGCUGAA